AUGGACGAUAAAAUUAAUAUUUUAAAAAGACCUUAUAAUCAUAACUUCAUUAAAACUUUUAUAAAAAAAUCAAAUAAAGGUCAAUUAUUAAAGUUGUCCAAGGAGGUUUACACAAGGGAUGAUAUUGAUAACGGUUUAUCUACCUUAUCAACAAAUGGUAUAACAGAUAAUGUGCUUUUCAAUAAUCCUCACUAUUUGUUACCGGAUACAAACGUUUUAUUGUCACAAAUUGAUCUAUUCGAAUCUGGUCAUUUUAAGGACGUUAUCAUUCUACAAACAGUUUUAGAUGAAGUCAAACAUAAUUCUAUACCUUUAUUUAACAGAUAUAAGCAAUUAGUAUUAAAUAGUAGUGAUAAAUUCUUCAUCUUCUAUAACGAAUUCUCAAAUUUUACUCACUCGAAACCUUUAUUAAAUGAAUCACCAAACGACUUCAAUGAUAGAUUAAUUAGAUCCGCUGCAACAUACUUUAAUUCUGUUCUGUCAAAUAAAUCUAUCGUUUUAUUGACGAAUGACGUUGAAAAUUUGAAGUUAGCUCAAACAGAUGGCAUCACUUCAUCUUCCAUUCAAUCCUAUAUUAAAGGCUUCCCUAAUAACAGUACUUUACAAGACUUAGUCGCUGAUUUCGACUCUUCCUCUAUAAAUAAAUCUGCUAAUUCAAUCUUUUACCAGGAUUAUCUACCUUUAUCUACUUUGCAAGCUGGCUUAAAAUCGAAGAAUCUUUUCCAAGGUCAAUUUAAUGCCAACACGUUCAACUAUCUUCAAGCAUCAGUAAAUGUUAGAGAUUUUGAUAAACCUAUCUUGUUAUUAGGUAAAGAUUCCAUGAAUAGAUCUAUACAAGACGAUCAGGUCGUAAUUCAAUUAUUACCUAAAUCUCAAUGGAAAUCCUCUUCAGAUCAAGUCAUUGAUGAUGAUGAAAAUGAUUUGAAUCCUGCUGAGCAAAUUCUUUCUUCAGACGAUAAUGUUCAACCAACUGGUAAAGUAGUCGGUAUUAUUAAACGUCAAUGGAGGUCUUACGUUUGUCAUUUGGAUAAAUCAACUAUCACUACUUCAUCAAAUCAAUCACAACAAACUGUUUUUGUUAGUCCGAUUGACAGACGUAUACCAAAAAUCAAAAUUAAAACCAGACAAGCCUCAAAUUUGAUAGAUCAAAAAGUCGUUGUCGCAAUUGAUCAGUGGAAUAUCAAUUCCCGUUAUCCACAGGGUCAUUUUGUUAGAGCUUUAGGUAAAGUUGAAUCAAAAGAAGCCGAAAUUGAAAGUUUAUUACUUGAGUAUGACGUACCAUAUAGAGCUUUCUCAAAGUCUAUUCUAAAUUGCUUGCCUCCAGAAGGUGAAUCUUGGACCGUUCCUUCAAAGGAUUCUACAAAUCCAAUUUGGAAAGAUAGAGUAGAUUUACGUGAUGAAGUUAUUUGCUCAAUCGAUCCUCCUGGCUGUACUGAUAUUGAUGAUGCUUUACAUGCUAAGUACCUACCAAAUGGUAAUAUCGAAGCAGGUGUUCACAUAGCUGAUGUUUCACAUUUCGUUCAUCCAGAUACAACUAUGGAUUUAGAGGCUGCUUCAAGGGGUACGACAGUUUAUUUAGUCGAUAAAAGAAUUGACAUGUUGCCAUCUUUACUUGGAACCAACCUUUGUUCUUUACGGCCACACGUUGAAAGAUUAGCAUUCAGUGUCAUUUGGGAAUUAAAUUCAAACGCCGAAAUAGUCGACAUUAAAUUUCAUAAAUCUGUCAUAGCUUCGAAAUCUGCUUUUACAUAUGAAGAAGCACAAUUACGAAAGGAUGAUAAAUCCUUAAAUGAUCCUUUAACUGUUGCAAUUCGUUUGUUAAAUCAUAUAGCUAUUCAGUUAAAGCAAAAAAGGUUAGAAAGAGGUGCACUAGAUUUAGCUUCACCUGAAGUUAAAAUACAUUUAGAUAGUUCAGAAUCUACUGAACCUAUAGACGUUGAACAAAAAGAAUCCAAAGAAACUAACAAAUUAGUUGAAGAAUUCAUGUUAUUAGCUAAUUGCACCGUUGCUACAAAGAUAAAUGAAACGUUCCCUGGUACAUCUGUCUUAAGACGUCAUUUACCUCCACCAAAACAAAACUUUGAAGGAUUACAAGAGAUUUUAUUUAAAAGGAAAAACUUAAACCUUGAUGUUUCAUCUUCAGGAGCACUGGCCAAAUCUUUAGAUAACUGUGUUGAUAAACAAGAAGGUAGUUUUAAUACCUUGGUCCGAAUAAUGGCAACCCGUUGUAUGCUAUCUGCUGAAUACUUUUGCAGUGGAAGCGUCAGUAAAGAAACCUUCUCUCAUUAUGGUUUAGCUGCACCAAUUUAUACUCAUUUUACAAGUCCUAUUCGGAGGUAUGCUGAUAUCUUAGCUCAUCGUCAAUUAUCGGCAGCUAUAAAUUAUCAACCUUUACAUAAUUCUUUACACAAUAAAUCUUAUGUCGAAAGUAUUAUGGAUAAUAUUAAUAAAAGGCAUCGUCUUGGUCAACAUGCUGGCAGAGCUUCAGUGGAAUUCUACGUAGCUUUGGCUAUCAAAGCUCGUAAUGAACGUCAAGGUGGAUUUGUUAGAGAGAAAGCUCACGUUAUACGUACAUUCAGGAAUGGUUUAGCUGUUUUCAUACCAACAUUAGGUCUAGAAGGUUUAAUAACUUUCAAGAAACCAAUUGAAUUCAUUUCAGAAGACUUCAAAAUAAUAGUGCAAGAUGCUUCAUCAAAUCAGCACACGAUUUCCGUUUUUGAUGUAGUAGAUGUUGAAAUAUUUGUUGAAAAUGAUAAAAACACUCAAAGGAGCAAAUUGAAAAUGGUAUUGAAGUCACCUUUAGAUUCAACCAAUUUGUAAUUAUACAAUUAAUUUGUUCAUAUAAACAUCUUUUAUACUUCUGUGUAUACUGCUACAAUUUCUACACAUAUUUAAAUUGUUCGCUUUAAUUAGUCGUUCCUCAAAUUUCAUUAACAAUUCAUCAGCAAGUUUGUCAAUCAAUGUUUGAUUCCCUUGUAAUAAUGAUAUAGGACACGUAAAAGAUGAGAGCGUCUUUGAUGAAUCAUCAUUGGAGGUCUUAAUAAAGUAAGUAUAUAAUCUACAUACAUUUGGCUCUUCAUUAUUAGUGUAUGGUGUAACGUACUCUAGGAGCAUACCAACUAAUGUAACGCAUAUGAUCUCAUCAAGGUUAUCAUAUUUUAUCAAAGUAUCAUUUUUGAAAUGUAAAAACAUAUCAUGAAGUAGAUUCAUAAUUAUGUCAGGUAUCAUUGUCGCCUAAGACAUAAUUAUUGGUAUUUAAGCAUCUAUCAAAAUGCGCAUAAUUGAUCAAUAUACAAUUAUGAUCCAAGCAAAGCAACCUGAGAUUCAG